AUGCAUCUGGAGCCCACCCGCGACGGAGAACUUGCAACGGCGAAAGUCUACGAUGGAGCUGGUACAACAUCCGAUCCGUAUAUCGUCGAGUUUUAUAAUGGCGACCCAGGAAACCCUUUGAACUUCUCCCCUAUGAAGAAGUGGUUCAUCAUUUUUAUUGUAACUGUGUCUGUCUUUGCCGUUACACUCACCUCCUCGGCCUACUCUGGCUCUGCGAACGAAGUCUUGGAGGAGUUCCGAUGCAGCACCGAGCUCUUUUCGCUCGGUAUAUCGCUGUACGUGCUGGGAUUUGCUAUUGGUCCCGCCUUGUGGGCGCCUCUUUCCGAGCUCUACGGCAGGAAAGUCCUUUUCGUCACGACACAUGCAUGCAUGGUAGCCUUUGUAGGCGCUUCCGCUGGGUCAAGCUCAAUGGCAGCUCUCUUGGUUUUCAGGUUCCUCACCGGAAUGUUUGGCGCCUCGCCUCUUACAAACUCUGGCGGUGUCAUUGCUGAUAUGUUUCCGACUGCACAACGGGGAUUGGCAAUGAUCUUUUUCUGCACGGCUCCGUUUAUGGGACCUGUCCUGGGUCCGAUUAUGGGAGGCUUCAUCUCCAUGAACGCUGGCUGGAGAUGGGUGCAAGGCGUAUGCAGCAUCUUCAUCGGCAUUGUCUGGAUUGUCGGCUCGAUUCUAGUGCCCGAGACAUACGGACCGGUGAUAUUGAGCCAGAGAGCAGCACAGCUCUCAAAAGAAACGGGGAAACCUUACAGAAGCGCACUGCAGCAGCAUCAUGGUACAUCUGCAUCACCUGGAGUUUUCCGCAAAGCCUUGAUGCGGCCAUGGGUUCUUCUCUUCCGCGAGCCUAUUGUACUGAUUGCCGCAACAUAUCUGGCUAUAUUAUACGGCACCAUCUACAUGUUUAUGCCUGCAUUGUCUAUCGUCUAUCAGCGAGGGCGAGGAUGGAACGAAGGUCUAGGCGGCCUGGCAUUUCUUGGCCUGGUCUGUGGCAUGUGGAUUGGGACAUUAUAUGCCAUAAUUGACGAUAAACGAUUCAGGAAACUCGGCAAGUCAGCAAAGCCCGAGUCGCGAUUGCCCCCCGGGGCAGUCGGUGCCAUCGCUUUACCCAUCGGUCUGUUCGCCUUUGCGUGGACGAACUCGCCCAGCAUACAUUGGGCUGCGAGCAUUAUCCUGUCAGCACCGUUUGGAUUUGGCUGCGUCCUGGUUUUCCUGUCCUCUCUAAACUACCUAAUCGACUCAUACACCAUAUACGCAGCUUCGGUGCUUGGGGCCUCAGCCAUGCUCAGGGCAUUCUUCGGUAUGGCAUUCCCUCUCUUCACCAGCCAGAUGUACGACAAUCUUGGGAUACACUGGGCAAGUUCGAUACCUGGAUUCCUGACUCUUGCGUGUUUGCCAUUCCCUUUUGUCAUGCUCAGGUUUGGGGAGAGCCUGAGACUGAAGUGCAAAUACGCUCAAGAGGCUGCAAACCUAAUGGCACGAAUGCAAGCAGAUGUCACGUCUGAGCCAAGUAGUAGCGAGUAA